AUGAUAAUCGCAUCUGAUAAGCUCGUAAAGGAAAAUCACGCCAGAAAUGACCAAACACGCGUCCGAGGCGGCCCCGCCGACUUCGGCGUCGGCUGCUCGGCUCUCGGCCCGAGCGGCGACGAAACGCGAGCGCCGGCUCCUCGCCUCAUACAGCGCGCUCGAAUCCGUCACAACUCACACCCGUUCCCAUUGCCGACCCGAUCGUAUCAGUGGCACGACGUGCUGGCGCCGCCGCGUCCCAUCUUCAACCACAAGUCACUUUCAACAACGUGGAACGGAAAGGAACCGAAAAUGUCGAAGAAACAUCUUCACAAUCAAGCUGCUAUACCGUUAGCUCCAGCGGUGUUUAAGCGACUGUGUGCGCGCGGCCUCCAAAAUGGUGCGAAGAGUGUAGAACAGGCGGUGGCGGAUCACUCGCUCGCUCCGGCCUGUGCCUCGGCGGUGGAAUUACGGAGGACGCGCCGCGCGCUUGGGCAACGGAAAUUUCCACUGGCCCGCCCGUGCGCCGCGCCCGCGUCUCGGCCCGCACCCCCGCCGUCACCCGGCGUGUCCACGCACACACGCGCGCGCACACCAGCCGAAUGGCAUUCCGCACGAAACACCCAUGCACACAUCCACACAGGCAAACGCUCGUUCGAAAAGGGUACGCGACUCCGCUCCAGCUUAUUAUACGCACCCGCGUCGCAAUCGCUCCAAAGGCAUCUUCUUCAAAACGCAGGUGUGUGCGAUGCAGAUAGAGAGGAGACGGCCCGCCGCAAGUUACGCCACAAAAAAGGGCCCUCCGCGAAUUUGAAUAGGCCAAAACCUGAACCGGCAUCACGAUUCUAUUUU